GCCGAGGGAAGGGGGGAUCGGGAAGCGAGCGGGCAAGGGGUAACGGUAACUUUGGGUGGCCCGCAAUCAGAGCAGCGAAGCCCGGGUGAAUCGAGAGCGGCUGCGGUCGCGAGAGUAAUCUGGCUUCGGAGAGCCCCGGGCCCGCAAGAGCUCCGUCUCCCGUCCCUUCGCAGUUCGCAAGCGGCUGGGCUUGGUGCCUUUGAACCCGAAGAUAGGAACAGCCAUAGAGGCCAACCUCUCUACCCUGUCGGUUAAUUACCCCAGUCUUCCUCAUAAUCCUAUAUCCACUCGUCAUUCAAAAACGGAUCUACUUCCACUCUAAAUAUUUCUAAUGUGCACAACAGUCAUUGUAUUCCCUUGUUGAGUGAUGUCAUACUCCGAUCGUCUGCAGUUCCUUCGGGAUCAGAACAAACAGCUGUUGCAAAGGUUAAGAGAAGAACGACUGCGGUUUGCGUCCUCCAGCAGUGAAGGACAUGACUCAGCAGAGAAUGGUACAGCUGUGGAUUACCAAAGGAACAGCUACAGAGGCAACAGAUUAGAGCAGGGAGAUGGAGGCUCUAUGAGGAAUUCCACUGAGAAAUACAAAACUUGUGAACUGCUUGAUCAAGAAAUGAAGAAUGGUGCCUUACAGCAACCCAGUGAGGUGGUUAUAUCUGAAUCCCUACAGAAAAGAGAAGACUCUCGAGUGGCACUUUGUACUCCCUCGUUGCACAGAGCUAAGAAGCAAGGUUGGACCCUUGGCUCAGGGGAUGGAGCAAACAUAGAGCUGGCUGACAUGCUGCCUCUCAGUAGGUCCAAAACAAUUUCCGGUGUGGAGAAAAACUGUUCCACAUUAGCGGUUCUGUCACCUGAAGAAAGCUUUACCUCUGCAGAAGCACUGGGCCAGAAGUGGGAUGUGCAAAAGUUGGAUCCCCAAAGGUGUAAUGUGACUGAAUGUUUCCAAAGCUCAACUCCUUUUACCAAGCCUCCUCCUGACCCAACGUUAACAGAUCACGCAGAGUGCCCUGCCCCAGCACCACCAAGUACAGGGGGAACUCCUCAGCACUAUUCCCUAUUGCUUCAGUCCCUCAGUGAGAAUCCAAAGCCAAGGUCCAAAUCGGAUCCACCAUUAUAUGUGGAUCAGCUGUUGGAUGUGGGCAAUGAUCGGCACAGCAAACAUUUCAUCAGAAACACUCAGAAACCAAAAUCAAUCCUCUUGGAACCACAUAACAAAAUUGUGAAGAAAGAUGUGGGCCAUGUGACAUUCCAGUCCCCAGAUAAGGAAUCCAGCUUAAGUACAGAGGUUCAGUCUGUCCAACCUCUCCUGGGCUAUGAUUGGAUAGCAGGUCUGAUAGAUGUGGACUCACCACUCUCUGAACAAUCUGAGGAGUACUUUUUGGAACUGCAGAAUUUCCGAAGGGUGAACAAAGAAGAAUGUGUCCAUCAGGAAUGCAUAGAGGAAGAGGAGCUAAAUGAUAAGGUCACUGAUCGAGAAGACCUCAGCAUCAACAGCCAAAUUCACCAGUGCACACAUUCUUACCGUGUUAACAGUCGCUUGUUUGCAGUCCCACUGGAACCAGCAGCAGCAUGUCCUGUUUGCAAAACUCCCAAGUCAAAGCGUCCACACACCUUGGAGGAGCCUGCCUAUAUCAGGGUCAGUAUCCCCAGAUCAACUUUACUCCCGCCACAUAAGUAUAAGCCACACCGUCGGAAGAGCUUCAAUCCUACUGACAGCUGGUCACUGCCUUCGCAUUGUCUUUUGGGCUGGGAAAGUUCCAUGCCUUCUGCAGCUCCUGUUGCAGGCACCUUAGACUUGCGCAGCGCACUGGAACACAAAAGAACUUCGGUGCUAGUGACUCCUAAUUGCUCCAAUAUGGGUGCUGCUGCAGUGUCUCGAAUGGCUGGAAGCACCAGAACAGAUGAGUUACUGGAUUUAUCACGUUCAACUCAAUACCAGUUUCAGAAACUAGAGCAAAGCCUGAAAUUGAGGUGAAACAGGCCUCAUUCACCCUUCUUUAGGUGCACAUGUUCCCAAUAACAAGAAUUCAUUGAUUCACAGGUACAGUUCCCCAUCAUGAUACUGUACUGGGACGUAUCUUAUCUCUGAACCUGAGCUUUUCACUCCAACUGUGGAAGUUUCGCUCAGUUGGCUGUUGUGAGACUACCUGAAGGGCCGACUUAUCAGAAAUAUAGAAUGUCUGCUGAGUAGAACCCUAGGAAAUUGUCCACCAUUUCUGAUUUAAGAAUGUCUUUCUUGGAGGGUAAAGUACAGCUUACUUGCACGAGUGACAGCAUGUACACCUGCACAUACCACAUACACCUGUAUGAUUGGUUGGCUGUCCUGUGCACUCAUCUGAUUGGCCAUUCAUUUUGGUAUCAAACAAUCUAUGCAUAUCACAAUAGUUGCCUUGAUUUAUGGGUGCUUCUCCCACGGUGGGGUUUGUGUAUGCCAUUGAUAGAUGUUAAUUCUUUCCAUGUUGCAAACACUUGCCACGUGUGGCAAAUGUGUCACAAAAUGGAGCUGAUAGCAGAGGAGAUUUUGCUCUUAUUGUAAUAUUUUUAUGCUUUUAACAUGGAUUUAAUGUUUUUGUUCAUGGAAAAAUCAUGAAUCUAAUUGCUUGAGUUCAAUAAUUCGAUAGGAUUAUGGUGUGGAAAUGUGGCUGCGAAUCCCACACAAACAUAUUAAACUGAUUUGGUUGUCGAAGGAAGCACAAGACUGACUUACAGCUAUUCCAACAAUAUAUCAUUGUCAAUUCAUAAAUUUUGCUUUCAGUUAUAUUUUAUGUAUCCUUUGAAGUAUUCUGAGAAUUAUGUUCCUGUGGCUCUCAUUGAACUUGUAGUUAAGUAACAAAUAUAAUGAAAUAAGAAUAAAUAUUGGCCAGGAUGUUGGGGAGAAUUCUUUUCUAAUACUGUUAAAAUUUCAUUUAUGUCUCAGGCAGGUAGGGACUUAAUUUAGCAUUCGAAGAAAAUUGGCAUGAUUUAAAAGCUCUCUCAGUUCUGUAAAUGAAUAAUUUUUUGCACUUGAAGUGAAUGAUGAAUUUGUAACCUUUGUAAAUGCUGAGAGUUGUGAUUUUGAUCAUUUGUAGAAAUUUGAUUAAUAUCAAUCAUUACCUGUAUGCCUUGUGGAGGAAUCAAGAUUCUUAAACUGAGCUGCUAAGAGUUCACAAAAAGCAGUUGUUUCUGCAAAGUCUAUUUUUCUACAGAUACUAAAAAGAGAACUCAAUUUGCAAUGUGUGUUCUAUUCUGAAUGACUAAAGAACAGACCAAUAUCAUAUAACUGACACCUUAUAAAGCCACUGGAUGAAUUAUUACAAAAGUAAGAACAGUAAUAAACUAAUCAGAUAACAAAAAAGGGUUUCAUUUUUUAUUCAACAAUUUGAAACACCUUUGCAUGAUUUAUAAGGUUUCCUGAAAACCUGAAAAUUUGGAAAUGGUCCAACAACAAUCGUGUAUCAGCGGAACUAAAUGUGUGGCAAUGUACAGGAAUAUUGAAUGCGAUGGUGUGAAAACUAGGCCAAAAUUUGGAGUAUAAGUGGCCACCGCAGAGUUUCUGAAGCAUGUUUAUUUUGUGUGGUAGUGUUUUUUGCAAAUAAACUUAAUAUUUAAAUUCAGUUGAAUUGUCUACCCACAUCAAGGGUUCCCAAACUUUUUUAUGCCAUUGACCCCAGGUUGGGAACCCUGUUCCACACAGAAAUCUUGGUAUCCAGGUUAAAUUGGUUGUCUGGAUUAAGAAUAU